ACUUUGUGGCUAGACCGCUAGAGCUCUCUACUCUACUGCUAAUUUAGCAAAGAAAAACAAAAAAAAAUACGGCGUCGUUUUGUUACCGCCAAUCUUCGUCUUCUUUUUCGCUCUCUGCUACUUGGUACUAACUGUAACUCUCUCUCUCUCUCUAACAAUGGAUUCGUAUGCUCCGUUACUUGAAAGGACCAAAGUGCCCCAACCUUCGCUGCAAAAGUUCGCUGUAAUCUCAAUCUUCUCGAAGCUCCGGUCAGCCCCGAAGCACCUAGACUCCGAAUCCGAACCCGGCAGAGACGCCAUAUCCCAGUGCCUCCACUCGGCUUCUCCGCCCGUCGUCGACCAAUCGGUUCGCGAGCUAUGCCGCCUCGUCACCGAGGCCAACUACGGCGUCUCUCGCGCCUUGCUGGAGCUCCAGUCCGCGCUCGAAGGAUCCGACCCGAAUCUCGUCAACCUCUUCGUCAAAGCAAUCGGGUUCCUCGUUCGGUUCGAGUUCCAGAGGAGCAAUGGCGCGUGGAGAUUCAGUUCCGCCGAGACUCACCCGUUUGUUAAGGUCCUCUCGUGCCGACCAGAGGUUCAGACUGAGCUUGUGCAGCAAGUGUUAUUGUUUAUGGCACAGAAUAAGCAGUUGGGAAUGGUGGAAGUUUGCGAAUUCUUGAGACCAUUUUUUAAUUAUUUUAUUUUGAGGAUACCUGUUUCGGAUUCGUCUUCGUCUUUGUUUGCGAGGCAUAUAAUAUCAUCGAUGGCAUCUCUUUGUUGCUCGUUCCCUCUACAGGCAAUGCCAGUUUUUAAGUUGCUCAUGGAAUGCAUCAAAUUUCUUCCGUGCAAAAAUUCAGAAGACUUUAGGAAUUUUAUGUACUUUGUGGAGUGUGUGGUGGAUGCGUAUAUCGUAGUAUUGAGAAAUUUGUCUGGAAGGAAAUUGCAGUUGAUUGCUGAAGCUCAACUAUGUGGUGUCCAACUGUUAGAGACUAUUCUUUCUUUAUGUACGUGUCAUCGCAGGCAUUCUGGUGGGAAUGAGCUCAUAGUGGAACUGGCAAAGCGGUUAUUGUUUGUCCAAAAAGAUCUUGGGUUGCAAUAUGUACCUGAAUUAUCAUCUGUUGUGCUAUCCAUGUUUGUUAUCCUCACAGAGUCAGAGCUUGAACAUGAACAACUUUCUAUAUUGAAAAUUUUCCAUUUCCUCUUAAAGUGGAAAUGUGAAAAUGAAUAUGAUAGUGGCAAAGCUGCCUGUGGUCCGAGUGAAGAGCUUUUAUUCAUAUUUCCUGUCAUCAGCCUCUUGUCGUCUCCUUCUAAAUGUGUCAAAGGAGCAGCAACUGAUAUGCUUGUCACAUUAGAAAAGCUCUUAGUGAAAACGUUGGUAGCACCAGUGAAUGAACUAGCAAUGAAAGGGGGAUUAAAUGAGCUAGCUAUGAAAGGGGGAUUUCCAUAUCUCAGCACACCUGGAUCUAUUGCUUUUAGACUGUUGCAGCAUUUAUGGUUUCAGGAUCAGUUUUCAUUAUCUGGUUUCUUCUUUUUAAAUUUUGCUUCUAGUUGUAAAGCUGAUGGCAAAGAAAUGCUUAACUUACCAAAAUCUUGGGCUUCUCAACUAAGGGAAUACUCUUUAUGGAUCAUUGACAGACGAAAAUCGUCCCUGCCUCUCUCUCAAUCUCAAGAAUUAUUUGUAACUGAAAUGCCCAUGUUGCUCAGUGCUGUUGCUGGUGUUUUGGUGAUGCAUCAGUCACUGGGGAAUGCUGCUCUAGAUUCUUUGGCUGCUAUUGGUGUUAUGGAUCCUAGAAUGGGAGUUCCUUUAUUGCUAGCAGUUCUAUUUUACAGUAACAUAUUCACUAUGAAGGAUACUAUAAGCCAUAAUAUGUUGCUAAAAGUUUUGGGAGUGCUUCCAUCACUUGCUUCACAUUCCAUGAUGAUUCCACUCAUAGUCCAAACUAUCCUGCCUAUGCUUCACAAGGAUGCCAAACCAACAUUAUAUGCUACAGCCACUCGUUUGCUUUGUCAAACCUGGGAGGUCAAUGACCGUGCCUUUGGGAGUUUGCAAGGUGUACUACUCCCAAAAGGGUUCACUGAAGUCAUGUCUGAGAGAAAUAUUUGCAUCAGUAUUGCUGCUUCCAUUCAGGAUGUUUGCAGAAAAAACCCUGAUAGGGGUGUGGACCUUAUCUUGUCUGUUUCGGCUUGCAUUGAGAGCCGAGAUCCUGUAAUUCAAGCUAUUGGUUUUCAAAGUCUUGCCCAUCUUUGUGAAGCUGAUGUAAUCGACUUUUAUACAGCCUGGGAUGUCAUUGCAAAGCAUGUGUUGGAUUACUCUGCUGACCCAAUUCUUGCACACAGCAUUUGCCUUCUGCUAAGGUGGGGUGCAAUGGAUGCUGAAGCAUACCCAGAAGCUUCAGAGAAUGUUUUACAGAUUUUGUGGGGCAUUGUUACCUCUGUCCAUCCUAGUCAUGGGUUACAAUGGGCAAUGGCAAGGACUUCUGCUUUUGAGGCAUUGACCCAAUAUGAGGUAUCAUAUAUUGAAAAGAAUACUCCAGAUUUCAAGAGAAGGAGCACAGAAUUGCUUUUUUCUGAGUCAAACCCUAAUGUACUCAAGGCCAUGGAAGAAUUUCAAGUCAAGAUCUUAACAUAUGAGCACAUCAAUCGGCGAAGACUGGUCAAGGAGAAAAGAGUUGUAGGAAGUAAGAUUGAGAAGCUUCUGGAUGUAUUUCCUCAGGUUGUCUUCUCUUCAGGGGAAAGAAGUAAGGCUAGAGAUUUACCUGGUGCAGCUCUUUUAUGUCUUUCAUUUACUCCUAAAGAUGUGAGCAACCAAGGGGCUUCAAGAGGAUUACGAGAUCCACAUGCUGAAUAUGAGAAUGCAAUGGUGGAAAUAGCAGCAUCUCUCCAGCUCUCAAGAAAUAUUUUUGUUGCACUUCUUGCACUGCAGUCAUGGAAACCCUUCAUGCGACGUUGGAUAAGAGCUGAUAUCUUGUAUUUUGAUGCUAAAUCAUCAACCAUCAUCCUGGACAAAUCUUCCAAAGCUGCUAAUGAUAUUCUGAAGAGUAUGAUACGAAUAGCAGAAGAAGCUAUCCCUAGAUCUUCGGAAAAUGUUGCUCUAGCCAUUGGUGCACUUUGUUUGGUCUUGCCUCCAUCUGCCCACACUGUUAAAUCAACAGCUUCAAAGUUCCUGCUUAAUUGGUUGUUUCAGCAUGAACAUGAACACCGCCAAUGGUCGGCUGCAAUUUCCCUUGGAUUGAUCUCAAGUUGCCUACAUGUAACCGAUCAUAAGCAGAAAUAUGAGAAUAUCACGGGACUUGUUGAGGUUUUAUGCGGUAGCAAAAGCACCCUUGUCAAAGGAGCCUGUGGGGUUGGCUUGGGAUUUUCUUGCCAAGAUCUUCUUACCAGGGUUGAAGUUGCUGAUAACUCUGACUUGGACAAAGAAACUAGCAAGAUUCAGGAAGAGCACCUGCUUGGAAAUAUUGUGAGGACCUUAUCUCUGAUGAUAUGUCAGCUUACUCAAUCUUCAUCUGAUAUUGUGGAAAGUCUUUCUGCGUAUUUCACACCAGACAUGUAUGAUCUUGAUAGUAUUAGAACUGCUAACCUGCCAUGUGAGAACAGUGAUGACUUGGAGGAAGAUAUCUGGGGUGUUGCGGGACUUGUUCUUGGUUUGGCGAGCUCUGUUGGUGCAAUAUACCGAGCUGGGGCACAUGAUGCUGUGCUCAAGAUAAAAGGCUUAAUCCUAUCAUGGAUUCCACAUGUCAAUUCGUUAGUUCAAAAUUAUGGUUCUUGCAGUGAAGGAGCUGAGAUUCUUAUGUCCGUAGGAUCCUGUCUUGCACUUCCCAUUGUAGUGACAUUCUGCCAGAGAGUAGAAUUGAUGGAUGAUAAUGAGCUAGAUCAUCUAUUGAAUGGCUAUAUGGAGCUCAUUUCUGAAUUAGUUUCUGUUAAAAAAUCUGGCAGCUUUCAUCAGAGUUUGUUAAUGGCAUCAUGCAUUGGAGCCGGAAGCCUUCUUGCCUGUAUUUUGAAUGAAGGGGUGCAUUCUAUUGAAGUUGAAUGUGUCAAAGGUUUACUAGAAUUGUUUAGAAAAUGUUAUUCUGAUCCUUACCCUCCUCUCAUUCAUUUGGGUGGGAUGCUUGGGGUUGUUAAUGCUAUGGGAGCUAGUGCUGGGAUUUUGGUUCAUAUAAAUCAUCUAACCUCCUCAAUGCAGACUGGUUAUGAGCAAAAGGAGUCUCGCUAUCUCAGGGGUCCUCUACUUUCAAGUCCUGUUUGUCUGCCAGAUUUGACAUCAUUGAUGCAAGAUAUAUUUCUGGUUGCACAGAAUUCCGAUGAGCAUCAGCUGCAACAAUAUGCAGCAUGGGCUGUUUCAUUUCUUCGACAUCAUAUGUGGUCCAAGGAAGUCCUUGACAGUGAUGAUAUGACUGGUUCAAAAUCUGUCUCUCAUAGUUUUCCUGAUGACACUGUAAUUAUGAGGCUUUGUUUGUGGUUAAUGCAUCUGAGUGUUUCUGAGAAAGGUAUCAUUGCACAUGUUGGCACUGUAGCCACUGUGUUAAGGUGCCUUUCACGUGCUUCUAGGUUGCCAGUCUUGGAUUGGGGUGCAAUCAUAAGACGCUGCAUGAGAUACGAGGAUCAAGUUGCUGAGUUAUUGCCACCAGAUUCAGCUCUCAAGAAAGGAAUCCUCAGGGAGGAAUGUGUGCAGUUUUCUAUAUCUCAUGCAAACCAAUUUGAUCUACUCCUAACUUUCCUUGAUGAGCUCUCUGACCUGUCCAGAUUUAAGACACUUGAGCUGAAUUUACAAACAUGUCUGCUCAUUCAUCUGGCAGACCUGAUAAAAGUAUUCUCAGGUUCCAGGGUUGAGAAACUGCUCAAUGACAUAACUCACUACUUGUCUUCAGUUACUUCAAUAUUACGAAUUUCAUGCUGGAAAGGUCUGUAUCAGUGCCUAGAUGAAGCUUCUCUUGACUCUGUAGACUACAUAUACCACAUUGAGAAGUGCAUGGAGGUGCUAUUUUCUUUGUUGCCAAUGCAAUCUGCCUCCGUCAUGGAAGUGGAUCAGCUAAGUUUUGUAGAGGAGUGGUCUGGGGCUAUUAAAUGCUUAGGAAAGGCUCGGCGGGGUUGGUUAUUGGAUUUUUUGCAGGUUUCACAGGAAGACCUAGUCCAUGGAGCUGGUCAGUUUAUUGAUGUAGUAAAAAAGAUUCAAGUGAAAGCCAAGCUAGUCAGGAUUGGUUCCCUCCCAUUGACUGAGCUGGGAAGACUCAAAGCUUACAUACUGAACUCCGAAUCACGUGGUGUCUGGGAUGUGCUCAUUGAAGUUGUAGCAACUCUACAACAUGCAGAGGGAAGUGUUAGAAGACAGUGGGUUGUUGAUGCAUUGGAAAUUAGCUGUAUAUCAAGUUAUCCUUCCACGGCACUGCAGUUUCUUGGUCUGCUAUGCGGUAUCAGCUGCAAAUAUAUGCCUCUUCUAAUUCUGGACCGUCUUGCCGUGUUGAGUGAUCUACCAGUUACCCUGACUUCUCUUAUGUCAGACCCCAGUUGGGAAGUUGUAGCAGAAUCCAUUGUUUCUUAUCUUUGGGUAUCAACGGAACGCAUUUACAAUUGGGCUACUCAAAACGUAAGCAGUGAUGAUACACCAGGCAUUCAACCUAUUGAUGAAAGUGAGAAUGAUAUGGGUGCUUUCCUAUUGCGUGUGAUGCAUCGUGCCUGUGUAUCUUUGAAAGAUCAUUUGCCUCUAGAGAAGCAGCUGAAGCUUGCAAACAUGGUUGUCAACUAACAAGCACUUGUCUCUGCAAUGGCAUUCAGAUGGUUAGUAUGAAAAUCUGUAAGACAAUUUAUGGUUUUCUCAUGAGAUGGUCAAUUGAGGCCUGCUAAAUUUGCAUGUAAAUUCUUUUUUAACUUCAACAUUGUAAAUUUCAGAUAAUGAUAAUGAAAAAUCUUGCAUAUAUUCAUAGGACGAA